GUGUACCUAGGCUGACAGGCAUCCGGGUAGUUUUUCUACUUAUGCAGUCUUCCGAUGUUACCAGUGCUCGUCUGCUGCUCGCAAUUAGGGGGCAGGCAUGCCUUUGAGCGUUACCUUAUGCUGUGUUCCAGUGGUUAGGUACCUGGUUAUAUGAUAGACCUGGGGAGCUGGCCUAUCCUAGGACUCAAAGUCAACUUUGUUUUGAAUAUCACAUUGCGAUGUCCAGUUAAUAGCCCAUCGCCUUCGUAGCGUUGCACGGCUUUCUGCAGGUUUACGGCCUGCUACAGAACCCCGCAGCCCGAGCCUUGCGUACAAACGAGGUAUCCCGCCUCACUCUUCAAUAUCAAAAUACUAAUCCGUCCUUGAAGUAAUAUUCAAAUUCUCUCAGAUGAUUAUUUAUUUCUAGAACUAUCUUGUCCAAGUAUUGAAAAUGGCAAGCGUCCCAUAUGAAAUUAUCGCCGCUUCCAAGCCAUUCCGAUUCCUCGUCGGGCCGGACAAGAAAGAGUUCUCAAUGCAUGCCGAGCUGGUUGCACGGAUGUCUAAACCCCUCUGGACUUUGGUCAAUGGUGAAUGGAAGGAAAGCAAGGAGAGAUUCACGGAAUGGCCCGACGUCGACGAGGGAACGUUUGUCCGGUUCUGCGAGUUUGCGUAUACAGGGGAUUAUAAAGCUGCGGAACCGUUCGAAGAUACGCCUGAAGUACUGAAUGGGGAAAAGAGCAGUGAAGCAACAGCUUCUACGCCGGGACCAACGGUCAACGGGGAACGAAUUAUCGAGGAAGCUUCAGCGUAUGACGAACCAUCACCAGAGGAUCCCUGGGACACCCUUCGUAUAACAAAAAAAAGUAAAGCAAGGAAAUACUCGCCCUACCCAGGCGAAUCGCCGUCGCCACCGUCAAACAAGGACAUCAUGUGGCGUAAAUUUCAGGAGGAAAUUAAUGAUGAGCCAGAUAGGAGAGUGAAGGAAACUUCAAAUACAGACCCUUCGAAAAACUACUCCGAGGUGCUCCUCUCACACGCACGCCUUUACGCCCUUGCAGAUUGCUACGAUAUUGAUACGCUUAUGGGGCUCAGCAUACGCAAAUUACACCGGACGCUGAAAGUAUUCAACCUCCACAAGGGGGCGAGAGUGACCGACGUAGCCCAGCUCGUCGAUUACUCGUACAAAAACACGAUGAAUAAAGGGGACGAGCCAGACAAGCUAAGGAGCCUACUUGCGACCUAUGUGGCGUGUAAUAUCGAGGAGAUGUGGCCAAACGUCUAUUUCCAGGAUGUUCUAGAGUCGGCUGAUGCUUCGAAGGCUAUUAUCGGGGAGCUACUCAGGAGAUUGAACUAGUCACACUCAAGAUACGUGGUGUAUGGGAUCGGUAUUAUUUAUACCGGAACACUGUUCAAUUGUAUCGUAAGUAGUCGUCGAAAAGGUGAAUAGGAAGAACCG